AUGGAACAAAACAUCGAGUUCAACCAAGAGAAUGGUCUAUACAACUCACCAGCACAACUCCAAGACCAUACGACUAUGAUCGUCCCGGGCCCUCUGAUCAUCAGCGAUUCAGCGAUUGCAACGUGGAACACUACGAUGCAAACGGCUCAGGACCGGAUUAGAAAUCAUCGUUCUGCAUCGCAGCUUGAGCCCAUUCACACCACAGACAAAGACAAAUGUUGGCUUACUUUGAUGGUGUUACGGAGGGAGCAGGAGUUGGAUGAGAUUAUGAAAUAUGCAGAAAAUGCCUGGCAGGAGUUGAAUGAGGUCAAGAGGCUGUUGGGGGUCAGGAGGAAUCAGUAG